GCCGAAAUGAGCUAACGUCUCAACUGUCUGCAAAGACAAAAGCAUCACUUUCACUGAAACCCGAGUCGUUGCCUGGCGGCAGAUGUCUCGUAGCUUCCCUCAGAGCUCAGAGGCCAGUUGGAGUCAGGGGGCGGGUCCUCAGCAGCAGCAGCAGCAGCAGCAGUGAUGCGAGCUUCAGUCGCAGGCUGCAGGAUGAGCGUGGGUGCGCUCCUUAACGGGCUGCUGGUCUCCGUGGUCGCAGCUCUGCUUUGGAAGUACUCCAAGCUGAGCGAGCACGCUGCCCUGCUGGAGGAGGAGCUGCACAUGACACGGCAGUCCCAGGAGCUCUCGCAGGCCCGCAUCGAUUACCAUGUUGCCCUGCAGGCUCUUCAGGACCACGGCACCCGCAUGGUCUGCACUGGGAAGAUGCACACCGACCGCAUCUGCCGCUUCGACUACCUCUGCUACAGCUCCGAGGCAGAGGAGUUUGUGUUCUUCCACUCCAAUUCCUCUGUCAUGUUGCCUAACCUGGGGUCUAGGCGCUUCCAACCUGCCCUGCUGGACUUGUCGUCAGUAGAGGAUCACAACACCCAAUACUUCAACUUUCUAGAGCUGCCAGCUGCGGCUUUAAAGUUCAUGCCCAAGCCUGUAUUCGUACCAGACGUGACACUGAUCCUGAACAGAUUUAAUCCUGAUAACUUAAUGCACGUAUUCCACGAUGACCUACUCCCAGUCUUCUAUACCAUGAAACAGUAUUCAGACUUGGAUGAUGAGGCUCGUCUGGUGUUCAUGGAGGGGUGGAGUGAAGGCCCGCACUUUGACCUUUACCGACUCCUUAGCAGCAAGCAGCCACUCCUCAAAGAACAGCUAAGAAACUUUGGCAAGCUAAUGUGUUUUACCAAAUCUUAUGUUGGCUUGUCCAAAAUGACCACAUGGUACCAGUAUGGGUUCGUCCAGCCGCAGGGGCCUAAAGCCAACAUUUUGGUCUCAGGGAACGAGAUCCGGCAGUUUGCCAGGGCUCUGAUGGAGAAAAUGAACACCACCAGGGCGGAGGAGGCCGAGAAGGACGGAGGGAGCGCCGAAGACGAGAAGGAGAAAGAGAAGAAGGAUGAUUACAUUGUUGUGUUCAGUCGCUCAACAACAAGGCUGAUACUUAAUGAGGCGGAGCUAAUCAUGGCGCUGGCCCAGGAGUUCCAGAUGAGAGUGGUCACAGUGUCCCUGGAGGAACAGUCAUUCCCCAGCAUCGUCCAGGUGAUCAGCGGCGCGGCCAUGCUAGUCAGCAUGCACGGAGCUCAGCUCAUCACCUCACUCUUCCUCCCCAGAGGAGCUGCUGUGAUGGAACUGUUCCCCUUUGCUGUGAACCCAGAGCAGUACACCCCGUACAAAACCCUGGCCUCCCUUCCAGGCAUGGACCUUCACUAUAUCUCCUGGAGGAACACUAAGGAGGAAAACACCAUCACCCACCCAGACAGACCCUGGGAACAAGGAGGCAUUGUUCACCUGGAGAAGGAGGAGCAGCAGCGGAUACUGGCCAGUAAGGACGUUCCCAGGCACCUGUGCUGCCGCAACCCAGAGUGGCUCUUCCGGAUCUACCAGGACACUUUAGUGGACAUCCCCUCCUUCCUGGAAGUCCUCAAAGAGGGCAUGAAGACCAAGCCCAGCUUGAAGAAGUCAAAACCGGCCAGCACGGUCCACCCAGGCCGAGUCAGAGAACCUCAGUGUCAGACCUCAGUACAAAACACUAACGAGGCCAAACUCACAGUCUCCUGGCAGAUCCCGUGGAAUCUGAAGUACCUGAAGGUAAGAGAGGUGAAGUACGAGGUGUGGAUCCAGGAGCAAGGAGAGAACACCUACAUGCCUUAUAUCCUCCCCCAGCAGAACUACACCUUUUCAGAGAACAUUAAGCCCUUCACCACCUACCUGGUGUGGGUCAGGUGUAUCUUCAACAAGAACCUCCUGGGCCCGUUUGCGGAUGUUCUUAUGUGUAGGACCUAGUACAAACACCUUGCCAGUUUGUUGCUGCGCAGCUUCACACAAAGGUUGAGUCAUGCUUGUUCUAGACAAUCACAUGAAAUCAGUCAGGACAAUGUUGUGACUUGUUUUUACAAACCUAGAAGAGGCUGUUGGACUUUUUCCUGCCCAGCACCGAGAGCACAGUGACUUCUGGACGAACUGGACGAAGAUUUUAACCACAGGGUCAGAACUCAACUCAACAGCCGUUAAUGAAUGGAAAGUAUAUUUCAUGUAACUAUGAAGGAAAUAAAGUGCUUAACUGUGUUUCUACUGAUAAUAACAGAAUUCAGAUCAGCAGAUUUAUUUAUGUGCAGAAUAAUAUAUAACAUGUUUUUUUAGUUUUAGUCCGAACACUGGUUCUUUACCUUUUACAGUAUGCAAUGUAGCUUUUCUGUGGAGAGCUAGAGAGAUUUUAGAUUAGCAAGAUUUCUUAU